AUGCCGGCAGUGUUCAAUACUGCUGCUCCUCCUGGAAUGGAUAACCCAGGACAAAUAUGCGCUGUGCUCAUUCGAGACAGUCAGUCGUGUCUUCCAUUGUCGAGGAAUCUUCGAGACGGGGACCUGGUAAUCCUUUUAACCCCAGUGGUUGCCCCGAUUUCCCCCGCGAGGUCGAGCCCUACUAUAACAAGUGACCCCUUUGAGCCCCUGGGAAGGGCUCUUGCCAGGCACCAUCCCUGGAUCCGCCACGUGCCUUACACGGUCCGUGGCGGUAUUACAGGUACGCACGUGGCAUUUAUCAAAAGGGCCGCAGUGGUCAUCUUUGUGAUCUCGGGUCCGGCUUGCCAGGGACAACCAUCUCAAGUUGAACUCUCCGGGAUUGCACGGACUGUUGGCGGACACCGACUUCAGGUCAUCGCGGCUUGUUGCAAUAUUCAGGAACUAGGGCCACUGGAUGCGGCGUCGUUUCCUACUGUCAUCCAACUUCCAGGCUACUCUUCUGAUACGCUGGAGUCCGCAGCAGACCUCUUAUUCCGGGUGAAUUAUCACCCUCAGAUAGCGGGUCCAAACGCCCAUAGCUUGAUGCCGCACCCAAAGACCUGGCCCGUCGAGAUAUGGAAUGCCUACCGCGAUUCCACGGCCAUUCAUGAGCUCUGGUUGGAAUGCUUGCCGGGACAGUUUCACCUCGACCGACUCACCCUCCAAUAUCUACUUGUACGAGAAGGUUGUGCCAUGCAUUAUGUUGUUCGGGAGCCCGAAACCGCGGAUAUACUGGGAUUCUGUGCGACGUAUACGACGUACAUUGACAGCGGAAGUGAGAGGUUGAUCGGGUCACUGUCAGCCAUCCUGGUUCGACCAUCCUCUCGACGGCUCGGCAUCGGCUCGAGUCUUCACGACCACGCCCUGAGACAGCUUGCCAAAACGAGGGGCGUGUGCCGUUUGCAACUCGGGAGCACUUUCCCUCGCCUCCUUUUCGGCCCACCCUCCGAAAUCGCGUCUCACAAUUGGUUUGGGCGGCGGGGCUGGCGCAUCGACCAGCAAGGUCCGGGAACUGGUCAGGACGUCAGCGAUUGGAUCCUCCGAAUCGACCAGUGGCCUUCGAGGGGAUUCCUCUCUUCCAAUCUAUCCUUUCGGCCUUGCAGUCCGCCCGAAUUCGACAUGGUCUUGGGGAUGGUUGGACGGGAAUCGGCACGGAAAGACAAUGUGGGCUGGUACGACCAAUAUGCCAAGUUGGCAAACACCAUGCACGUCCGAGACAUCGUCGUCGGCGUCGAAAACGAGAUGAUUGUCGCGGCGGCGUUGACCUACGUCAAACACUCGGGAAGCCCGGUAGCGGAAGAUCUUCCUUGGGCUGCGACGAUAUCCGAUGAUGUCGGUGGGGUUGCAUGUAUUUGUAUCGCGGACGACAGUUCUUCCCUGGCGAACAAGCGAGAUGCCAUCAUGAUUAGAUUACUUGAUGCCUGCAUCGGAACCCUUGCUAGACAGGGGAUGAGGAAGCUGUUCAUUGACGCCGUGAAAGGGGGAGAUGGAGGGUUUCGGUCCAUGGGCUUCCAGAAAUGGGCAAGAUAUCAGGAUAUUUGGCGUAAGGUUUAA